AUGUAUUACAGCCGACCAACACUAAUUUCAAAUUGGCACAAGAACAGAGAGGCAGAACCCAAAGAUUAUGAUUUCACAGCCUGUCCACCCGGAAAAAGAACAUUACACAAAUCAACUUAUAAUCAUUUUGGGACUUGCGUGGAAACGAGUUGGAGCACCACAACAGAAACUCAGAUGUCCCAAUAUCUUUUAAAGAAACAGUAUGAAAUCAGAGAAACACCUCGAUCAAUGGUGCGGGCAGAUAAUUUCCGGAAUUUGGUCUUUGACAGGGAAACAGGGCAGUCACGUUCUGUAUUACCUCGCCAUGGACCUGGCCACAACAACAUGGACUUCCGUACCACGUAUACGUCGGAUUACCAGCCUCAAAAGGACGCCCCCAAAGAUGUAAUGGAGACCGAAAGCGCGCCCAAUAUAUCACCUGACUUCAGGAGACGCCAGUCCGUGUUCACCGACGUGGCAGAUCAUCGGCGCAGGGGCAAAAACACCUGGCAGGAUGUGAAUGAAAUGCAUGAUGGGAUGGAUGCUACCACCAGGAAACAAUUCAGCUUCCACACCCCCACUUGUCCCUGA